AUGAGUGAGCUCUCGUCCGUGGCUUGGGACUUCGAUAGUCCUAUCUAUCCCAAGACCGCGAGCUCACCAUCAGUUCAUAAUCACUUCAGCCCAGAUCUCCAGGCAGAACGCGAUCAUUGUGCCUACGGGACGGGCUCCUUCCUCCAAGACGGCUACACCAACCUCACCAUCGACGUUCACUUGAACUGGCUCUUCCUGCCCUGGCACCGCAUGUUCGUGUACUUUCACGAAAAGAUUUUGCAGAAGUUGCUCGGAGAUCCCGAAUUCAGUCUUCAUUUCUGGAAUUUCGACAACAGCGUCACAGCGACGCCAAGACAUGGAUCCCGUGGCUGCUAUUUCAAGGCUGGUCAUUUCGUGCCGCCGAUGUACAACGAUCCGUCGAAAGCAACAUUUGAAGCUAAUCGCUCAAUCAGGGCCUUCGACCCCAACAGGGCCGUGGACUAUGUGGACUAUGUGUACAACUGGAACCCUCUUAUGGUACCUCCUGCCUGGCCCAACAACACCGUGGAGGAACAAACGCGGAUGAAACGAGAAGUCAUGCACAGAUCGAUGAUCACCCUCGCAAAUACCACCAACUUCAUCGGGAAGACUUACAGAGUCGGAGACGCGCAAAUUCUGAUCCCAGCGGUAGGAGCUGGUACGAUCGAGUUGGUACCCCACAAUACGCUGCACGCUUGGAUCGGAGGAUGGAUGCUGCAGCCCAUUACUGCGCCCAUCGACCCUCUAUUAUACCCUUUCCAUGCGAACAUGGAGCGACUCUGGAGCGUCUGGCGCAAGCUGGGUUACGGCAAUGACGAUCCGACUGACCCAGACUGGCUCGAUGCAACAUUUCUCUUCUGGGAUGAGAAUGCAGUGAUGAGGAGAGUCAAAGUGAGGGACUUUCUGGAUUUGAAUGCCCUCAGGUACAGGUACGAGAAGGUGAAUGACGCGAGUUGGAUCUUCUUCGACAACUCCACCAGCCCCAGUGCUCCUUAA